UUUAAAUCGCACGUUCCCUCAAUUAGAGGCGCCUAAACCUCCACCAAUCCCAGCAAAGGGUUCGUCGUGCGAGAGCCAAUCAGAUCGAAGGGCGUUACCGAGGGCGUGAUGACGCAAAAGGCACGCACGCAGACACGGCGCAAGGAACGCAAACGGAUCACACCAAUCAGGAGAGUCUCCAUUCCUCGGAAGCGGAAGUUGCAGGGUCCCGAAGCAAGAAGGUCUCUUGGAGCUGCAGCGAGGAGGAUGAAUAUCCUUCCGAAGAAGUCGUGGCACGUGCGGAACAAGGACAAUGUGGCGCGGGUGCGGCGGGACGAAGCGGAGGCCGAAGCGCAGCGGCAGAAGAAGGAGGCCCGAGUCCUGCUUGCGGAGCAGGAGGCGCGAACUGAAUUCCUGCGCAAGAAAGCCCGCCUCUCUGCCCCAGGAAGCGAUGACAAGAGCUCAGACCUUGUCCCUUUAGGUUUGGAAACAACCACACGCCAUCUCAACCUUUUUCAAGAGUUGCAAGAAAGCGGCAACAAAGAAUAUGAGGAAGAGAAGAGGCAAGAGAAGGAGCAUCAGGAAAAAGCUCUGGGCAUCCUCACUUACUUGGGUCAGAGUGCAGCAGAGGCCCAGACCAGUCGUCCCUGGUAUCAGGAGGUACCAGAACGUGGCAAAGCUGUUGCCAAGGAUGAGAAGCUGAAAGGAAAGCUGGACCCACUUGUGGAGAUGGAGAGGCACUUGAAGAAGAAAAAAGGCUCCCACAGGAAAGAAGGGAAGAAAGGAAAAGAGGAACAUGGGGGGAAAGAAAGAGGAAACAUGGCAGUGAAGUCUGUGUCUUCAUCUGCAUCAUCAUCAUUAGAGCAGCUUCGCCAGGAACGGUUGCGUCGUGAGAAAGCAGAGCAGGCUCGUGCUGAGUCUCUUUUGGCCCAGAGAGCAGGAACACUCCUGCCCCAAGAAACAGAGGAGGAACUGGAUGAUAGGAAACGUGGUUAUAACUCCCAAUUUCAUCCCCAACUGGCAAGAAAGAGGGUCUGGGAACCACAGUGAAGUUGUCUGCUGGUGUGACUGUACCAGGUGUCAUCAGUGAGAUGAUGGCAACAAGGGAGCUUCUGUGAGAAAAGACUCCAUUUUCCCUUCUCAUAACCUGAAGAAUGGAGAUGAAAUCACCUUUUUCUUCAGGAUAAUUGUGCUUGCUCAAGACAACAUAUUAUAUGGCCCCAUCAUCUGCAGAAAAAUAUUGGACUGGUGCUAUCUCUCAUUCUGCAUCAGAGAACAUGAUGCAAGGGAUGAUUUGCUCAGAUUUGACAAACCUAUUUAUUGCUGUUUUACUGGGAUUUCAAAAACUGGUCCCAAAUAAGUUCACAUGUGUAACAGGAGUGUCUUUAAAAAUAUUCUGGGUUUUCAUUGGCAGCAUAUGAAUGUUUUUGAAUUUGAUUAUGCAGGUGAAGGAAACUCUGCUUUUUGAUGAUUUCCAGAAGCAGUAAUAACAUCUGUCAUGAGAUAUAGAGGCAAGACCCAAAAUAGGGGUGAUUUACAGCUUUUCUGCAGGUGGCAAUGUAAGAAGAGGAUUCAAAGAUAGAAUAACUGAAGUAGCACAUUCCAAGAUCAAUUGCCCUUACCUCCCCUGGAAAGAAUGUGCAAGUUGUUUGUAGAGAGAAAGACAAAAAGAAAGUGCAUAUUGUGUUUUGAAAUACAGACAUGCUAAAUGACCAAACUGCAAAAUAAAAAUCUGGAUCUUC